GACUAUAUAUACGCGUGGUCAUGUGACAGCAUUUCGAGAGGGAGAGCGAACUUUCCCCACUCUCGACCGUAUCAGGGUAUUUGGGGGGCAAACAGUGGAAUUCAGGACGUGUGUUUCAUCCUAUUUGAGACUUGUCAGCCAUAUGUACGUGCAUCUGAGAUUUGAUGUUCACUCUGGGACUCGAAUUCAGUACCGGUCGCUUCAAAUGCCAUCGCAUUAUCCACUUAGCUAUUGAGUUCAGCAAAGUGUAUCUGAAUCUAUCAUAAAUAUCAUUUAUAUAAUAUCUAUUUGUAAAAUAAUUUUUUUAGACUUGGAUUCGUUUACUCAAUUUUGAUUUAUAUGUUAUUCUUAACUGAAUGUUUAUUUUAUUAUUUUUUUUAUAAACUGGUAUCUGUCAUGUUUCCAUAUUCAUUUAAAGCUGAAAUGAAAAAUAUCAUUUUAUCUAGUUGAUAUCUAUUAAUUGUACUGAUAUAAGAUGUGAUAACUUUGAUCAAUGUUGAUAAUGAUACAUAAUACUUGUUUUGUACAUAUGGGUAAUUCUCUUAAUUUAUGAAAAGCAAAAAUAAUGAUUUAAGUAAUAUAACAUUGUGUUUUUACUCAUUUCACGUUAUUUGGUAAACAUGUUAUGUUUACAUUAAUUAUUAUAAAAAGAUUAAGUUGUUUUUUUUUCAUCGUUUUUUUUUUUGUUUUUAAGAAAAGAUCUUAUUUAAACAUUCGCUUAUUACAUUUUCUUUUUUGUAUAUAUCUAUUUAUCAAAGCAUUGAAUUGGAACUAAUUUGAAAGCACACACAGUAUGUCAAGUGGUGGGGCAACUAGUGUAGUGACAAUGAAAGCAACUGCAGCUGCAUUCCCACAGUCCAAUUCACAAGCACAAAAACAACAUUCACAAAAUAAUUUACAACCAACAAAUGUGUUUGAUCAACAAAUUCAAUUACAACAGCAACAACACCAACAUCAACAACACCAGCAACAUUUAUUACAACAACAACAACAACCACAACAAUUACAACACAAUCCAAGUCAGCAUUCUCAAUUGCAUCGACUAUCUCAGCCACAUUUAUCUGCAUCAAUUCAUCCUGUUCAAUCAAUUGCUCAAAAUGUUGUUGCUGCCAGUGGUCAUUCAACUCAUCCAAGUGUCUUUCCAAAUGCUGAAUUUUUCCAAACAUUACAACAGACUGCCGCAGCGGCUGCAUUACCAACUGUAUUACCAUAUGAUCAAUCACAAUAUAUUGGUCAAUUAAUGUAUUUUCCAUAUCCCACAGCUGCUGCUGCUGCCGCAAAUGGAUUGUUCAAUACUGGACAAUCAAACGAUACUACUACUCAUCAUAUGUCAAUUGGUUCGUCUACACCUGGUGGUAGUGGUGGUGGUAAUCAAGCAACAAUUAUUAAUCAAGCAUCGUGUCAUGCUACUGCUGGACAAUUAUUAACUGGUGGACUUGUAUCAGCCACACCUAGCGGAAUGAUGACUUUGAAUAAUGCGACUGGUGCAAAUCAAGUCAAUAAUGCUAAUCAUCUCUUUGCAUCUGGAGCAGGAUUAGUUGGAAUUGGUGGCAGUGGCGUCGGUGGUGCAUCCGGUUCAAAUGCGGUUUCUGUGUCUAAUUCCGCUUCUUUAGCACCUUUAUUUACAACUGCUCAUUUUUAUCCGCAUCAUCAUACACAACAAACUGGUCAACAACCACCACCACAACAGUUUCAAAUUCAUCAUUCAUUACAACAACCACAUCAUCCACAUACAUCUGUACAUAUGCAACAUGUUCAAACACUUACAGGUCAUCCAGGUGUUCAUUUACAACAACAACAACAACAGUCGACCGCCGCUGUUGCUGCGGCAGCAGCAGCAGCUGCCGCCGCCACUGUUCUGUUACCAAGCUCCAUAUCGUCAGCAUCACAACUUAAUAUGCUAUCCUCUCAACAAACUCAUCAACCGGUGCAUUCAACUUCACAAAAUCAUUCAAAUCAUAAUAAUAAUAGUAAUAGUACUAAUAACAAUAAUAAUGAAAAUAUACAAAAAGCUGAAGAAAAAUUACAAUCUACGACACCAGUGCAUACACCACAAAAACAGUCUGAACAAGAACUAUUAUCCCAGUCUACUCAACUAGGUACACCAUCUCAAGGGAAUAAUAGUAGUUUGGAUGCUAGCUCAACUACAGUGAAACGGGAUAACAAUGGUACAGGACAUUUUGUAUGCGGUGUAUGCGGUCGAGAAUUUGGUAUGCGAUGUCGUCUUAUCGCUCAUACUCGACGUCAUACUGGUGAACGUCCUUUUCCUUGUGCUGAUUGUGGACGAGCUUUUUCAGAUAGAGGAAAUUUACAACGUCAUCGUUAUACGCAUUCAAGUCAACCAAGAUUUCAUUGUACAGUUUGUGGAAAAUCUUUUCGUCAAGCUUCAUGUUUAUCAAAUCAUCGACGUUUUCAUUGUGCUGGAGCUACAGGUCGUCCCUGUCCUUUCUGUCAACGUUCUUUCCGUUCUUCAUCCAGUCUUCAGAUGCAUAUUCGGUGGAAACAUCGUGCUGAUGCUGCUGCAGCUGUAGCAGCAGCUGCGGCCGCCGCUGCAGCUAACGGUUCAUCUUCACUUUCUGAAGCAUUCACACAUUUACCAGGAUUAACAUCAUAUGUUACAACUGCAACAGUUAACGGAAUUCCAACAAUGUCUCUAAAUGGAAGUGAUCUUCAAAAUGAAACCCUCAUGUCUUCCACAUCUCAUGCUUCUUCAAAUGUGAAUAGUAGUAAUGUUUCCAGUCUUAUGGCUCCUAUCACUAGUAAUAAUGGUGGAAGAAUGGAUUCUAUUUUAGGUACAACAACAACGACAACUAAUAUUGGAUCACCCAAUAAAAGGAAAUGGCGUCGAAAAUCUAAACCGAAACAAGCUCAAAACGCGUUUGGAAAAUUGACCGGUGAUGGAUUGAAUUUAUUAGCUGGAAUUAAUUUAAGUGAAGGCAUUGAUGUUAAUGCUGCUGCAGCUGCUGCUGGAGCAGCGGCUGCUGCUAUCGGUGGUCCAGUUCCAUUAGAUCGUAAAGGUCGUCCAUGUAAUUAUCCUUGUCCUGCUUGUCCACGUCGUUUUGCUUUCCAAUGUCGUCUUGCUGCACAUCUUCGAUGUCAUACUAAUAUUCGUCCAUUUAUUUGUAUUGAUUGUGGUCGUGCAUUCACACAAAGAGGUUAUUUAGUUCGUCAUGCAGCUGUUCAUAAAUUAGAUAGACCAUUUUCAUGUGGAUUAUGUGAUCGAUCCUAUAAACAUUAUGGUUCAUUAGUAAAUCAUCGACGAACUCAUAGUAAAAGUAGUGGUAAUGCAACAAAUCUUGGUAAUUUAAAUCUUUUAUCAAAUUUAGGUACAAUUACAUCAACUAAUAUUGGAACAUUAUCUAGUUUAGAAGAAGUGGUCAGUGGUGCAUUAGGUCAAUCACAUAAAACUGAUUCAACAUCAGAUACAAUGAAUAAUCAAUCAACUACAACCAUUACAUUAUUACCAGUUAGUAAAGUUGAAGAAAUUUUACCCGGUGAUCUUAAUAGUUCUAUUCAACAAGUAUGCUUAUCAUCAGGCAGUAAUAUAUUAACUGUUUCUGAAGGUCAAGAACAACAACAACAACAUAAUUCAGAACAAGUAACAUCUCAUCAACUUACUGCCACUGCAGUAUGGCCAAUUUUAGCCACAGGUGGUGGCGGUGGUAGUGUUGGUAUUAAUCAUGUUUCACAAGCUCAAUUAAUUCCUUCCUCUAUUGUACAGCAACAAUCAAGGCAAGCUAUGGUUUCUGGUUCACAUUUCUCUACUAUAACGAUCUCACCUACACAAUUAGCUCAAUCUAAUCAACCGUCUUCAUCAUCCUCUCAACAACAACAACUACCACUUGUAACUGCCCCACGACCACCUCAUUUAAGUCAACCAACUAGUACAACUAUGUUAUCAACUGCUAGUGUAAUAGCUGGUAAUGGUGGUACAUCUGCUCCUACAUUUGUAACUCUUCCUUUAUUUAAUGGUUCAAUACAAAAUAAUUUAACAGAAUCUGAUAGAUCUAUUAUUAAUGGUCAGUUGACUCCUCAUUCACAUCACCAAUUUCAUUGUCCAACAAGUACAUUGUCCGAUUCAUCACAACAACAACAACAACAACAUCAUCUUCAAAUUGCACAAACCACGGCAACAUUACAACAACAACAACACAUUCAAGCAAACAAUUCAACUACACGAGUAAGCGGUGUCGAUUCAAAUAAUAAUAAUAAUGCAGCUCCAGUACUGCAUGUACUACAACCAUCACCGAGCAUUUUCUUUUCACCGUACUAUCUACCACAUUCGGCAGCAUCUCAAAUGUAGACACGUAUACACACAUUUGCAUACAUACAUGAAAGAAACAGUUGAACUUGAAUAGAAUAUAUUCUUGCUAAUACACAACAUCUAUCUAUCGACUUAUAUAAAUGUAUUUAUAUGCAUGACUAUAUUUAUAUAUAUAUAGCUCAAAUAGUGAUGCAACACAAUGGGGUACUACUAACUUCUUUUUUUUCCUUUUUAUGUAUGAAAAAGACGUUCCAAUUGUAAUUUAUACUGAUGAUUAGGAUCAUAUUCUCUCUUUUAUCCUCUAUUUUCUUCCCAUUUUAUCCCUUGUUUACGUGUGUGUGUGUAUGUAUGUAUGUAUGGGUGUAAAUUUGUGCCAUACACACGUGUACAACAAUUACAGGCGUAUAUUAAUUUAUCUGCUUAUAUUAUAAUUAUUGUUUAUUCAUUCUUUAAUAAUAAUAAUACUGCUACAAUUGUCUUACUUCAUAAUGAUCGAUUCGAUUCUCAUCAUUAAGACUACUAUUAUUAUCUCAUUAUCAUUAUUAUUAUUAUUAUGAUUAUUAUUAUUAUUAUUGUCGGUAUUCAGUAUAAUUAUGAUUAUUAUCCAUUCAUAUGUGAUCUCUAUGUUGUUGUCUACGUAUUUUCUUUUUUUUGUCGUUUGUAUGUUUGUUUUACACCUACUUUCCUUUCCCUGUCUCUUUCUUUCGCUCACUCUCUCUUUGUCACAUACAUACACAUACAUGAUUAUUAUGAUUAUGAUUAGGCAUAGAAAGAUCAUCAUUUAAAGGAUUCCAGUUAUGUUGUGUUUUUCUAUUGUUUUGUUCUGUUUAUUUUAAAAUUAUACAUUCAUUGCAUUUCUUUUCAUUCGUUGUCUUGUUCAUUAUUCUCAUACUUUUUAUUUCCUUUCUUGUUUGUAUUUCUGAAUGACUGAUUGACUGAUUUGAUUUGAUUGAUUGACAAUAAUAAAGCCACAUUGAUAUAUCUAUCUAUCUAUAUCUGUUGUAUAUUUUUCAAAAUAUGUUAUAUGUAUGUGUGUAUGAAUGACAUGAAUGCUUAAUUGUUUAUAUUCAUCUCAUGGUUUUUUCUCCUGCUUCUUCUUUUUUGCUUUCUCUCACUCACUCACUCACUCACUCAUUUACUGGAUUUGGAUCCUAUUAUUAUACUGCUGUUCUAUUGUAUUGUAUUGCAUUGUAUUUCUCUAUUUUUUUUUAAAUAAUAAAUCACUUAUUGGUCUAUUGUAUUAUUAUUGUUUCUUUGUAUGUCUAUGUGAAUGUGUAUUCUGUUACAUUUUCUUUCUUUUUUUUCUUUUUUUUAUUUUUUAAAAAAAAUGGUUAUUCCUAUAAAAUGAAAUAAUGAGAUGAUCCUCAUCUAAUUCAGGUGGGGGAGGAUUGUGUUUGUUUGUUUGUUUUUCUCUUCCAUUUAAUUUAUUGUUGAAUAAUUGAUUAUUUUAUUAAUGAAAUUGUUUAUUUUCUCCUUUUAAUUACUAAAAUAUAACCUUAACCCCUAUACAUAACACCAAUACACAUACAUACAUACAUACAUAAUACAUGCACACACAUACAUACACACGUACAUAUAGACACAGACAAAGAUUAUGUCAUCAUAUUUAUUGUUUUUCAUUUAUGGUUAUUAUUAAUAUUGAAAUAAUUAGUUGUAUUAUUAUGUGCAAAUGAAAAUUUCUCUCAUUCAUGUGUGUUGAUUAGGUAUUGUGUAUUAUUACUAUUGUACUUCAAUCUAAUUACCAUAAUAAUAAUAAUAAUAAUAAUA